AGCGCCCGAUGGGGAGAGAGACAAAGAGGGAGAGAGAGAGAGAGUCCAACGCGCAAGCGGCAGCCAGCGCCGCGGCGUGAGAAAAAAGAGGGAAGCAGCCAAGAGGACCGAGCAGGUGAGGGCGGUGGCGUGAGCAGAUGGGGAAGUACAUGAGGAAGUGCAGGGGGGCUGCGGGCGAGGAGGUGGCCGCCGUGGAGGUCACACAGGUCGUCGGCGUCCGGACGAGGUCCCGGUCCGCCUCGGCCGCCACGGCGCCGGCGGUGAAGGGCGGUGUCGCGAAGGUAGCCCCGAAGAGGAGGAAGGCGCUGCGGCCGGCGACAGCGACAACGGGGGACUCUGCUACCGUGGGGGCUGGUGGUGACGGUGGAAGCUGCUACCUCCAGCUACGGAGCCGCAUGCUGUUCAAGGUGCCUCCUUCAGAUUCGAGGGCUCCAAAGCCGGCGGAGGAUGCUGGUGCCGGCCAGUGUGCGGUACUCGCGACUGUCUUGUCGCGCUGCUCCAGCACGGCGUCGUCGCUGAAAGUGUCGGCUAAGGAAAGGAGCGCUGCGUGCCGCUCCGAUGCCGCGGAGGCAGGCGGGGAUCACAUCCCGGAGGGCUCGGCGAGCAACUCGGGAAGCGGCCGUGACCGCGACAGGAGAGAAACGACGCCAUCGAGCCUGGCGCACGGCGAGUCGAGUGAUCUGGAGUCGGAUCUAAUGGGGCAGAAGAGCGGCCGGUCGUUAACGGCAGCAACGUUGGCGGUCCAGCCGAGGAGGCCACCGGCGGCAGAGAUCGAGGAGUUCUUCGCGGCGGCCGAGGAGGCCCAGGCCAAGAGCUUCGCUUCCAAGUACAACUUCGACGUCGUCCGCAGCGUCCCUCUCGACGCCGGUCGGUUCAAGUGGACCCCGGUGGUCAGCAUCUCAAGCCAGCGAGCGUGCGGUGAUGCAACGCGAAGCUAGAAAGAGAGAAGAAAAAAGACGCCCCAAAAGGAAUAUAACGGAAAGGAGAAACCAAAAAAAAGCGUUAUAGCCUAACCACCAUGCAACUGUUUUUGGUUCAUGUCUGCUUUUCAUUAGCUUGUUGAAUUGCAGUAGUAUUUACUAUUUAUUCAGAGGUUAUCUUGACUUACAUAGAUCAUCCGCUCAGUGUAAUUGCCUUCCUGUAUUCGGAUGGAAUUUAAUUUACUGUACAGCAGCCAGCUGCCUUGCAAAAUCUAAGGUAACCACCGCCAUUUCCAUCUUCA